GUGGUCUCCCGAGGUCUCUCCCAGCCCUUAUCUCUGGCUCUGUGCUGAACCCGCCCCUCCCCCGGCACCUGAGGCCUCCCCCCGCCAGGGCGGGGAUCAUGCCCCCCCACUCCCCCGCGAGAAGGGGGACAUCUAAUCGCUUCCUGCCAGCGCCCUGGCUAACCCGACUUCCUACUUUCCGCGCAGCCUGCAGAGCCCCAGCCUUGCAGACGGCUCGCGGAGCAAGCCCUGGUCUCUCUCUGCCCACAGCUCCCUGGCCCAUGGCGUCACCCUCCCCCAACCAGACCAGCAUGCAGGUGUCCGGCAACACCACCUCACCCAGAAACCAGUCAGCCGGCUCCGACGCCCUCAAUCAGGUCUCGGUGGCCAUCUUUGUGAUCUCCUUCCUGCUGGGCCUGGUGGGCAACAGCGUGGUGGUCUGGGUCACCUGCUUCCGCAUGCACCGGACGGUCAACACGGUCUGGUUCCUGAGCCUGGCGCUGGCCAACCUGCUCUACUCCCUGUUGCUGCCCUUCUACGCCGCCCAGACUGUCGCCGGGGGGUACUGGGUCUUUGGCAAUUUCCUGUGCAAAGUCAUCAGCUCGCUCCUCUUCCUCAGCAUGUUCGCCAGCGCCUUCCAGCUCACCCUCAUCUCGGCCGACCGCUGCCUGCUGGUGACCCGGCCCGUCUGGGCCCAGCGGGUCCGCACGCCCUGCCUGGCCUGGGGGGCGGCUGCUGGGGCCUGGCUGCUGGCCGGGGCCUUCUCCGCCCCCUACCUGUUCUUCCGGUUUGUGAAGGAAACAAAGGAGGGCGGCGCCCGCUGCAUCAAUGACUUCGGGAGCAAGGAGGUGAAGGAGAGGCGGAAGCAGGCGCUGAUCUCGGUGCGGUUCGUGAUCGGUUUCCUGGUGCCGCUGCUGGUCAUCUUGGCCUGCCACGCGGUGGUGGCGCUGCGGGCCAGGCACCGGGGCCGCCGCUCCAGCCGCACGGCCAAGGUGGUGGCCGCCGUGGUGCUGAGUUUCUUCCUCUGCUGGCUGCCUUACCACGUCUUCAACUUCCUGCAAGGCUGGAAGGACAAGCCGGAGGUGGUGAAGAUGGGCUCCUCCCUGGCCUUCAGCCUCACCUGCCUGGGCUGCUUCCUCAACCCCCUGCUCUACACCUUCCUGGGCCGCCGCUUCCAGGAGGGGCUGCGGGCCAGCAGCCGCAGCCACAGCCGCUGGCUGGAGGCCGCCCUGGGCGAGGAGUCCCUGGGCUCCAACAGCGGGCGCCGGCGCAAACAGUCCACCCUCUCCUCCGAGGCGCGCAUGGUGCCGCCGUGAGGGGGCGGCGGGAGGGGCCCCCCGGGGCAGGGCCCCAGGGGGUGGAGGCACAGUUGUCCAAUGGCACAGAGCAGGGCAUGCUGGGAGCUGUCAUCUCCAUGGACCGCAGCAGAGCAGUGCAUGCUGGGAGCUGUCAUCAUCUCCAUGGACCGCAGCAGAGCAGUGCAUGCUGGGAGCUGUCAUCAUCUCCAUGGACCGCAGCAGAGCAGUGCAUGCUGGGAGCUGUCAUCAUCUCCAUGGACCGCAGCAGAGCAGUGCAUGCUGGGAGCUGUCAUCAUCUCCAUGGACCGCAGCAGAGCAGUGCAUGCUGGGAGCUGUCAUCAUCUCCAUGGACCACAGCAGAGCAGUGCAUGCUGGGAGCUUAUGGGUCACCUCACAGAAGAGCAUGCUGGGAGUCUUGCACUCCUUGGCCUCAUGGGAGCAAUAACAGGCCCCUCCCCUUUCUGGCGCUGCAGGAACUCAGUGGGAUUCACUGGCUGCCACCCCACAGAGGCGGCCAUGGGGGUUGCCAUGGUUACCACCACCUGGGAGCCUGAUUUUCAGACAUCAGACCAAGGGGCGGGGGUGGAGUGAUUCCUGCAGCCAGGUUCGGAUAUUUGUGUCACACUGAGAACAGCAUAUCCUUCCACCAAUUAACAUAGUCCCUGGAAAAACACAGGACUCUGGAAAGCCAGCCCUUGCUAUACAGAAGCCAACUACUGUGUAUCCUUGCACCACAAAAAUAGUCCCUCAAAAAAUAGGGUUCAAGCCUGGGUCCUUUUUAUACUGGAGCCAGAUCUACUUUCAAUAUGCAGUGUGUCCUUCCGCCAAAAAAACAGUCCCUAAAAAAAAAGAAAGAGAAAAGCUGAACACCGGGCCCUUUCCGUACAGAAGUCUCGUGCUGUGCCUGCAUAUCGUGUGUGUGUCCUUCCGCCAAACAAUAAAGGGUAAAAUAGCCCCUUAAAAAUCGUGUGCGUAUCCUUCCGCCGCCUCAGAAAUAAUCCUUC